AUGUUACAAAAAGCAGGCGCAAAAGCGGUAGCGACAACAAGUUCAGGUUUCGCCACGACGCUGGGCAAGAAAGAUGGUGAAGUCACUCUGGAAGAGAAACUGGCUCACUGCAGACUACUGGCGCAGCAUCUGCAAAUUCCAGUCAACGUCGAUUUUGAAAACGGAUUUGCCGAUGAUCCCAACUCAGUGGCUGAGAAUGCCCGUCGUCUGGUGGUAACAGGUGUCGCUGGAUAUUCAAUCGAAGACUAUUCCAGGGACUCAAAUAAGAUCUACGAAUUUCAGUUCGCCGUUGAAAGAAUUCAAGCGGCUGCAGAAGCUAAUACCGGAUUAUUACUGACAGCCAGAGCAGAAAAUCUUAUUCGUGAUGUCAAUGAUCUAGAUGACACCUUAAAACGAUUGCAAGCGUUUGAAGCGGCGGGUGCCGAUGUGCUGUAUGCGCCCGGCUUGUCUACGCUUGAACAAGUUGAACUGGUGUGUCAGUCAGUUUCUCGCCCAGUCAAUGUACUUGGCCCUUUCUUUAAGGAUGUCACUGCCAGUGAAUUGGGCGCUGCCGGUGCAAAACGCAUCAGCAUCGGUGGCGCAUUGGCCGGAGCGGUGCGGGCCUAUGCUAAUAAAUCGGCCCAACGCAUGUUUGCUGAGGGAGUUUGCAACUGGCCAUAA